UUAGCACUAAUGCGGGUUGCAUUUACGUCAGUAUUAUUCUUUGUGCUAUUCAUCGUUCGAAGGACGUUAUCGUUGUCCGUGCCAAGACGUCCACAACAGACUCGCCAAGUUACGAUACAAAUGAAUGGCUAUUCACCUGAUAUUGAUGAUGAUUACGUAGCGAUUAGUAUGAUGGCUGAACCAGGAUAUAUAGUUCGAUUCGAGCCGUUCGCCCAAGCAGAUCGUGUGCAUCAUAUAUUGCUGUAUGGAUGUGACCAACCGGCAAUGAAUGCAAAAUUCUGGAAGGGUCCACAAACCUGUCGAGGUUCAGCGCAUAUUUUGUACGCAUGGGCUCGGAACGCUCCGGACUUACGACUACCAGCAGGCGUAGCGUUUGCUGUUGGUCAUCCAUCGGAUACAAUUCGUUCGUUUGUGUUGCAGGUGCAUUACGCUCAUCCAUUUGUUGGCAAGUUGAUGGACUAUUCGGGUGUUACAAUGCAUAUGAUUGACGAGACGCCUCAAUACUUAGCAGCAGUUCUCUUGUUUGUUAGCGGCAGUCCAAUUCCACCUGGCUACGCUCAUUAUCAAACUAAUAUGAGUUGUGUUUAUCGAGGCACAACUGAUUUGCACCCAUUCGCCUUCCGAACUCAUACGCAUGGCAUGGGACGUGUUGUAUCGGCGUUCUAUAAGCAUGACGGCCAGUGGACAAUGAUCGGAAAACGUAACCCGCAGUGGCCUCAACUCUUUCAGAUGAUCAACACAAACCUGACCAUAUCGCCUAGGGAUCUGAUGGCUGCAACUUGUGUUUUUGAUUCAUCGCAGCAGAAGAAAGUCGUUCAAAUGGGUCUUCAGCGAAUUUCUGUUAUCUCAUACGAGGCCUUUAAGCAUGGCAUUCUAAUUUAUUCAAAGAUUCCGAUCGAACCUUGCAAAACGUGGCAAGGAAUUGCUUACUUGGAGUUCAUUAGGAGUAUGCUCAUAGUAGUUGAUUUUAGAAAUACAGGCGCAGAUGAGAUGUGCAAUUUCUAUAUGAUGUUCUAUUGGGAUGCAGCCGUACCAGAUCCUUUCCCUUAUGGUGCUGCGUGUCCAAUGCAAGAAGAAGGGAAUAUCGUAAAUCAAGAAUAUCCAGCUGAUGGGGUUUCCUUACUACCACCGCAUCCUGAAUGGGAACAUAAGGCGCUUCAAACUGGGAAACCGUUUGGUUUCACGGAUGGAAUCUAUGCGAAAUCGAUUGGAGACUCGAAAUUAGGGCAGGUUUCGGGCUUAGCAUUUGAUCCGUAUGGUAACCUAGUGGUGUUUCAUCGAGCGAGUCAUUUUUGGGAUCAGAGUACCUUCGAUUAUGCAAAUGUAUUGCAAGAUCGAAGUCCAAUAACUGAAGAUACGAUUUUACUGGUGAAACCUGAUGAAUCAGGCGAAUCGCUGACAUUAGUCGCCAGUUAUGGCGCAAAUGAAUUUUACCUGCCCCAUGGAAUUUUCGUAGAUACAAAUAAUGAUUAUUUUACCACUGACGUUGGCUCACAUCAAGUGAUUAAAUGGCGACUCUCAAACGGGAAGCUUCAGAAGCAGUUUGCGCUGGGUGAACAGUUUGUGCCAGGAUCUGAUCAUAAGCAUUUCUGUAAGCCAACUGCGGUGACCACACUCCAAGACGGAAGUAUUUUUGUUGCUGACGGAUACUGUAAUAGUCGUGUUCUUAAAUUCGAUAAAGAUGGCCGCUUUCUGACGAAAUGGGGCGAACCCUCAUAUGGAAAUCAGCCGGGAUCGCCAGCUCUGGGAUUAUUUACAAUUGUGCACGAUAUAACAACAAACAACGACGGUUCCUUAUUGUACGUAUCAGAUCGUGAGAAUGCUCGAAUACAAAUCUUCAGAACAACUGGACAACCGAUGGGGCAAAUCUCGAAUCCAAUCAACACAACGCUGUUCUCAACCGUCUAUUCAGCUCAUUACUUCGAUGAUUCAGUCUACUUUGUACCCGGUGAAGCGCGAUAUGACUUGGGUUUACGUGUGUUCAGUGCGCAUGCAGAAUCAGCACGAGUUCAGUUCUCAUUUGAGCCAGUUUUACAUAAAUUGGAACGACCGCACGUUCUGAGGGCUUCACCAGAUGGUCGUUUCAUAUACGUUGCUGAUCUUGGCAAUGAUAUGGGUGGCACGUUAUUCCAAUUCAGUUAUCAGCGUGAUUCGGCUGGUAAAUCUGUCAGUAAUAGACUAUCGGCAUCAAAGACGGGAAUGAUGUCAUCUGGUGUUUCCAGCGGAUCGCUAGUCAAUCCACAUUCUAGAUCAACUAUGAUUAUUGGGUCAAUGACAGCAACUGUGGUGCUGAUUGCUUUGUUAUUUUUGUAUCGAAGGUAUCGUGCAAAUCAGCUGAAUGGAAAGCGAACUUCAAUUUUGGAUCGUGCGGGUUUUAAACCGUUGAGAACCGAUGAUCCAGAUUCGAGCGAUGAGGAUUCAGAUGAGGACGAUACAAUCAUAACACGCACGACAACAACAAAUAAAUUUGGUGGUCGAUUUUGA